GUGAGACACACAGGAGGAGUAAACCCCAAAGAGUUUUCACACACAUUCAUUGUUGAGAUGGUUCACUGAAAACUGGCCCUCUGUGGACGGACCUAUUUCUCUGCGUGGACACUGAACACAACUGCUUAACAAACAUGAACAAACUUGCAAAGGCUCUGUAUGACAACACUGCAGAGCGUGCAGAUGAGCUGGCCUUCAGAAAAGGGGACAUCGUCACAGUGUUGGAUCAAAACGUGGCCGGCACCAGCGGAUGGUGGAAGUGUUCUCUUUAUGGACGGCGUGGCCUCGCCCCUGCUAAUAGACUGCAGCUCUUGCCGCAAACUGGCACCACUGCAGGCUCCUUAAGCCAUGCCACAGAAAGCCCUCAAUCGAUUGAUGCUGAUGACAGUGCGCAAAAUAUCUACCAGAUCCCAAGUGUACCCCGACCCUCCAGCAGCUUAGCUUAUGAACGCAUGGACAUGAUCUACAAGGUCCCAUCCACUCCUUUAUCAGCUUCAAAGAGUCCAGUCCCAUCAGCACUUAAGCACAGUGCAGAAGGACCUGAGCCUUCUUUCAGCAUGGUGUCCCAUCCAAAGGAGGUUUACGAUGUCCCAAGCCAAGCCAGAAGAACUUCUCUUUUCACUGUAUCAACAACUCCAAGACAUAUGCCACGAACACACUCACUGCUUCCAAUUUCAGAGCUGGAGAAAAGAUUUGACUCUCCGGAGACUUCAAGGUGUAGCAGUCCAGGAGACGCUUACGUGUAUGCAGUUCCACCACCUUUACCUCAGGACCCCAACUAUGACAUCCCUGUUCCUUCAGUCACAGAAGCUCAACAGAAAAUGGUCGGUGGAUACAACACCCUUCCCAACCCCCGCAAGCCCGAAUGGAUUUAUGAUGUACCAGUGGGUCCUGAGAAACAAAGUCCACCCCAAGGCUCCUACGAUACCAUGCCCUCCAAGGCCAUUUGCAGGCAGCUUUAUGACACUCUUCCAGCACAUGCUUGGCCCAUUCAAAGAGGCAGUCCAACUGCUUCGCUUUAUGAUAUACCAAAACCCAGUUCUCUUGACAUCCCAAGUCCACCCAAAGUGCUGCCAAGGGUCCCGAUAUAUGGCAAGCCCCCAGCACAGAGGCUCACAGAGGAAUUAGUUUAUGCGAUUCCACCCCAGGAGGAACCCCUCACCCGAGUUCUCACUGAUCCUCCCAGUGAUCACAUACCCCUAGAGUGCAGGGGCGACUCUAGUAAUGCUCAUGAACUCAAAAGGGUACGUCUUCAGCGAAUGAGGAACUUCCUGGCUUGCACAUCUUUCCGUGACCUUCCAGGAAGUGGGGAGUCACUGGCGCAGGAGGACGACGAGCGAGGUAGAACUUUACCUCUCUCUGCAGCAGGCAGUCAAAGAAUCAGCACAGCCUCUAGCUCCUCCACCAGCUCCUGUGACUCUUUGGCUCUGAGCUCCUCCUCUCCUGAACCUCUGCGGGAGGUGACACUGUGCCAGGACGAGGCCUGCCGCAGACUUCUGGACCUGCAGGAGUCCAUUUGCAGGGCUGUACCGCUUCUCAUGGAAUUUGUCAGCAGCCACUGGAGGAGCAGAGAACAUCUGGAGAAACACCUGAAGGAGAUCAAAGAAGCAGCAGAGGGGAUUGCAUGUUCUCUGACGUCUUUUCUGAACUUUGCCCUCGAUGUUAAGGGCAAUGCCCGCCGUUUGACCGAUGCUAACCUUCAGACAAGGCUCUAUAAACAGCUGUCCAUUGUAGAAGACUCAGGUGUGAUCCUACAACAAACAGUAAGUGCUCUGAACAUGGCUGGCUGGCCCCUCAACACACUCUGUCAGGACCCUGGGCAGGUCCAGACACCUGACCAGCUUGAGCGCUUUGUGAUGGUGGCGCGCACUGUUCCAGAGGACGUGAAGCGCCUGGUGUCGAUCAUCAAUGCCAAUGGCAAGCUUCUGUUCAGAGCCCCUCAGAAAGAUCAAGAGCCUCUCAACACCAUAGGUCAGCCAGAUACAAAGAAAAGUCCUGAUGGAAGUGAACAAGGAGGGGACUUGGUGGAGGACGACAAUGACUAUGUAGAGCUACAGACUAAGAAUGACUUUGAGAAGCAGCAGAAGGAAGUGCAGAAGGAACCAAACGAAAAUGUCACAGCAGUUCACAAGGCACAGGCUGAUAACAAGCGCCACUCCUCUGAGUCCAGCAGUGGCACAGAAGAACAUCGACUAUCCUCCCUGUCGGAGCAUUGCCGGCUUUACUUUGGCGCUCUCCAGAAGGCCAUCGGGGGAUUUGUCAGCAGUCUUCAAGAUGGCCAGCCACCGGAAAAAUUCAUCUCACAAAGUAAGCUGGUGAUCAUGGUGGGGCAGAGACUGGUGGACACCCUGUGCAGGGAAGCUCAACGUGGAGGGUCCAGUCAGAGCCUUCUGUGUAAGAGCAACCACCUGUGUGCUCUCCUGAAGCAGCUGGCUGUGGCCACCAAGAAGGCAGCACUGCACUUCCCGGAUAGACAAGCUCUGCACGAGGCUCAAGAGUUUGCAAAAGAACUGGCCCAAAGAGCACAGCACUUUCGGAUAUCGCUUGACCUCUGAGAGCACGCACAUCAAGCAUAUUGAUUUGUUCGUACAGCAAAAGACGUUGCUUUAUUUAUCAGUUUCCUUUUUCAUUCAUUUCAUAUUCAACUACAUUCAAGCUUCUUAUCCAAAAAGAUUAUUGCUUUUUGCUGAAUGUUGUUAUCAUGAUGAAUGCAGUUCCUGUUUAAAAUGUUAAUGAUGUUAGAAGAAGUUGGUGCGAUGAGCAUCUAUUUUUAUUUUAUUUGUACUCAAAUAAAAGACUUCAACACAGUGGAGUUCGGAAAUAAAUUGCACAUUUAGGAUAUUGUACUCAAGCCAAUUUUAUAAUGCAAUUUUGAAUAUAAAGUAUAAAAUAUAAUUUGUUUUAUAGAAUUUACAACAAUUUUAUAUUCUCUGAAUAUUGUUAAUUAUGUGGAUGUUUUAGGUAUUUUAUUACUUUAUUGUGUAUUCUCCAGGGUAGUAAUUAGAGUCUUCUUUUUGUGAAUAUCUAUGUAAAUAUUCUAAAAAUUGUGUUAUGCAUUCCCAAACUUUUCUUGAUAAAAGACUGAGUACAACACAUGUUGAAUUUUUAUUGCUAUUAAAAUUAGAAACUGAAAACUUU